AUAGAAUUUGUUCGCAACUCAAGUUGCAAAAUGCGACUGGUGUUGUUGAUCUUUGGCCUUUUGGCCUCAACCCAUGCGGCUUCUUUGGGAGAUUUCGCAGAAGUAGCGCCAGAAAAUAACAACGCGAUUCUCGAUGAAGUUGUAACAAGGUGGCUAAGGGGUGUAAUCGCAGAUUUUGCUGAUCCACAUUUUGUUGAUUUUCGCGACGUUGACGGCUUUGAUUUUGGAAAUUCUCUUGUGACUUUGGAUGGUUAUCUGCGAGGAGUGCAAAUCCGAGGCCUAAAUGAUAUUGUCGUCAAUAGAAUAAGCCUUGAUUGGCAAAAUCUUCGCUUUGAUUUCGACAUUACCGUACCCCAUUUAAGUUUGUCUGGAAAUUGGUACGAUCUUCGUGGACGAUUUGUGGGUAUUCUUCCCAUCUUCGGUCAUGGCCCAUUUACCAUUGAUUUUUGGAACCUCAACGUUAACGGACAUGCUAUCCUUGGUCAGAGACACACCGGAACACUUGAAAUGAGAUCUUUUCGUACUCGCUCACGUUUGCAGAGAUUCCAGACCAACUUCCACAAUCUUCUCUUCGGUGGAGAAUUUGGUGAUCUGUGGAAUCAUAUUUUCAGUGAUAUGCUGCCAGCUAUCAUGGAGAACUUCCAUCCAGAAGUUACCAACGUCGUUGAAAAUACAGUCAUACCUAUUUUUAACGAGAGGCUUAACGAUGUGACACGUGAUGAUUUAUGGGACAUCAUUCACGGAAACAGAAAUGAGGGAAACCAUUUCAUAGAAUCGCUUGUUGGAAAAGUUUUUAAUUUACUAAUAGAAACAGAAACUGAAAAACCAGAACCCUACUUCGCUAGAACUUCUAUGGAACCUUAUGCUGGAUUUAGUGAUCCUGAACCUUCUUUGGAACCUUAUGCUAGAGCUGAGACUGAAAAACCAGAACCCUACUUCGCUAGAACUUCUAUGGAACCUUAUGCUGGAUUUAGUGAUCCUGAACCUUCUUUGGAACCUUAUGCUAGGGCUGAAACAGAAAAACCAGAACCCUACUUCGCUAGAACAUCUAUGGAACCUUAUGCUGGAUUUAGUGAUCCUGAACCUUCUUUGGAACCUUAUGCUAGGGCUGAGACUGAAAAACCAGAACCGUACUUCGCUAGGGCUGAAACUGAAAAACCAGAACCCUACUUCGCUAGAACAUCUAUGGAACCUUAUGCUGGAUUUAGUGACCCUGAACCUUCUUUGGAACCUUAUGCUAGGGCUGAAACUGAAAAACCAGAACCGUACUUCGCUAGAACAUCUAUGGAACCUUAUGCUGGAUUUAGUGAUCCUGAACCUUCUUUGGAACCUUAUGCUAGGGCUGAAACUGAAAAACCAGAACCCUACUUCGCAAGAACAUCUAUGGAACCUUAUGCUGGAUUUAGUGAUCCUGAACCUUCUUUGGAACCUUAUGCUAGGGCUGAAACUGAAAAACCAGAACCCUACUUCGCUAGAACUUCUAUGGAACCUUAUGAAGUAAACAGUGAGAGUCCUGAGCCAUACAAAUUCGCCCCUGAAAUUGAAAAUGUCCCUGUUAUUCGUAUUCCACUUGGCAAUACAGCUUGGAUUACGUCUAUCAACGUGAAAUCCCGCAACUGAAAACGAAAAUUACAAUACACACAGGCUAAUUGAAUAGUGUAAGCAUUGAUUUUAAUUAAAUCCUCUUGUAUUUUAAACAUAAUAAUAAAGAUUAAGAAUUGCACGCCAAA